ACGAACAGAUCUCCUUAAUUGAGCACUGUUCUCUGCCCCUGCGAACGCAGUCCUGCGACAAAUAGAAAUUGCGCUUUGCAGCCCCUUUGCGCCAGCUCCUCUUCAUUCCCUCCCUCCCCAUCUCGCGUCGGCUGCAAUAUCCUCUUCUCUCUCUCUCCGUGGUCUACGCAGCCCUGCCCUGUCCUCCCCCCCUCCACUCCUCGGCUCAGCUCAGCUCAACCCAGUUCACCUGAACUUCGAGCUCAGAUCACUACACCUAGACUCAGUUCCCCAUUCUUCCUCCCUGCCCGCCCCGUCCGCUCCCUAGAUCACCAUCCCCAUCACCAUCACUCGUGGCUCCUGGACGGUAACGCCAAGCUGUCCGUCGUUCGAAGAACUUGGACACGCAUCGCGUGUGAAGGCAACGAAGCCCCGAGACCGAUUUUUCCUCGCCUCUCCCUUCUCUCUUUCUCUCCUCACAAUCCUCCCCGUGUACUUCCCUUCUCCUUCUGGCCCUUCCUUCUCGCUCAUCUCGCCGGUUCACGGAAUCGAAGAAUCAUGAAUUACUACGGAAAUUCUGGCUACUCUCAUCAGCAGCAGCAGCAGCAGCACAACCAGCAACAGCAUAACCAACAACAGCAGAGAAAUGACUACUAUUCUGCAACUCCUUCGUACGCAGCGUCAAUCUCAGAUCAAUCCGCCCAACAUCCAUCUCAUGUAAAGCUUCAGCAGACUCAGACGGUGUUCCAUUGCCGGGUUCGUGAUAUGUACUUCUCGUCGUGGCAGGGCCAGCAGAAUCAGCAGCAGAACCAACAGCUGCAGCUGCAACAACAACAUUCGCAGCAACCGGAGUCGGUGUGGCAGGGCCACAAAAAUCCCAGAGUCUACUUGGGUGAAGAAGUGCACUGCUUCAACACCUACUGCCAGACCACCUUUCGAAACUCUCAGAUGCUCGUCGCUCACAUUCUGCGCGGCGAGUGCGGGGAGAUCACAAUGGAUGAGGUAUCGUGUCUGGUGAGGGAUUGGAAAGCGCUCCAAAUUGAGCUAGGGAGACUGGGAAAGCUGACAGUGGACGAGAUUUCGUGUCUGGAAAGAGCAUGGGAGCUUCUCCAAACCGAGCAGGCAAAGAGUGGGAAAAUUACUCGAGAGCUGAUCGGGUUUCUUGUGCUCGCCUGGGAGAUUCUGUCUGGAAAUCGAAGUAGGUACACUUUAACCCCGCCAACAGCAACUUCUUUAAUUCAAGAAACUUCUAUUGGAGAAGUGGAUCAGACUUGGAGAGCUAGAUUUCGGUACUCCACUGGGAACUUGAAGAGGUGAACUUACAAUCUUGACCAUGUGGCUGCAAGGCAACGAGCAAGUUUUCAAUGAGGGUGGAUGGACAAGGAAACGCACUCGGAGUUCGGGGUGAAAGCUCUCACAGCAUGCGACAGUAUUCCAGCGGUGCCCCGCAUUAGAAUGCCAUAGAUGGGUGCAUAUAUUUCUCUUUGUAUGAUCGCCACCGUCUGGGACACUGACCUGUUUCUACACCGAAGCGCCGAAUCUUGCAGACAGUGACAUGUCCCUGCUCGUAUGCGACGGGGGUUUGGAGGAUCGAUGGCAAUUAGAGUGCUAGUAAGCCAGGAUCGUGGUGUUGUCAUGCCGUCUAGAGUGUCAUAAUCGGUUCGGCCAUCAAGCGGAUGCCGAGAGAGAUUUUCCAACUCGUUUCCCAAGGUCCCGAAAGGGGAGGAUGUGCCGAUUCUUCUUCAGGUCCACGCUGCUGCAGCUGACAGUUUUGGCAAUUUUGUCACUUUCAGUGGUCCUCGAAACCGAAGAUCACCACAAGGAUGACAUGGAUGGUGCCAGCGAUAGCGCCGGAUGAAGUUGAUGACUCUACUGCAGUUCCGAGUUACAUGAAGUAGGUUAUAAUGGGACGCCGUGCCGCGACGUCGUAAUCUGCUGUAGGUUUUGAGCGCUCUUGCAGCACUCGGCCCAGAGCAGAUUACGAAUUGCGGCAUCGUUCAGAAUCGAUUACAAACGGUAGGCCAUGUACACCGUCCUCGUCGUCGUCAUAGCUAUCAAUCGGAGUCGUAAGGAGAGCAAUUUUUGUAGGUUUGUAUUUAUUGUAAGAGAAUCGUCCGGAUCCUUUCCCUACGAUCGAGAGAUUUGUGGUCGUCAGCAGUACAGUUGC